AUGUUCCCCAACAGGUCGCAGGCGGCGCCGGAGCGGGCGUCGGAGGAGGCGCCGGCCGCGUUGGGAGCGGAUAGCGGGGAGCACGCCUUGGCGAUCCGGCACGGAGGACGCCGGGCCGCCGUGCCGCAGCCGGCGCAGAGCGGGGGUGCUGCGGUCUUUGGGCCUCAGAACCAGGAGGAGGCGGCAAUGGACACCGUCAGCCGCCGCCUGCGCGGCCGGACGGACCAGCUCGAGGCCUUUGCCCAGGCCGAGGUGGAGUGGACGCGCGACCUGGAGCGCGCCGUUCUGCAACUCGGCGCCUACCGGGUCGGCGCCUUCAGCCGUCUCCUGGCCGAGGUGCUGUCCUGGCGGACUCGUCUGCUCCGGGCUGGUCACCACUAUGACUGGCUUGUUGUCAACGCUGGCCGCCUUGGCGUCGAGGUGGCGAAGGCGAGGGCGGAGGCGGCCGCGGCCGCGGCCCGGCGGUCUCUCGACAAGGCCAGCCAGCUGCAUGAGCAGCUGGCGGGUCAAAAGAGCCGCCUUAGGGCCGAGGUGGAGCUUCAUAAGGCGGAAGCCGCCAAGGCGGUGGAGGCGCAGCAGGCCCUGGUGGAGGCGGACCAGCAGCGCGGCCGGCUGGCCGACGACAAGGGUCGGCUCCAGGCCGAGGACGAGGCCCGUCGCCGCGAGGCGGCCGAGAAGGCAGCCGACGACAAGGACACCAAACUGAAAACGGCCCUUGCCAAGGCGGCUGAUCUGGAGAAGGCGCUCCAGGACCGCGACUGCGCCAUUGAGCGGGAGCAGCAUGGUACGUUGCUCGAAGCGCAGCACCCUGAAGAGUCCUUCUCCAGGGCCUUCCCGGAGACGCAACGGCUGGCGAAGGAAGCCGUCCGCUUUCAGCGCGACCCAGUCGGGGCCGUUGGAUCCGGCACAGAUCCGCGGGUGGCGUGGACCUUCUCGGAAAUCAUCGCCGCCGCCAAGGCCCGCCUGCGGGUCUUGGGGACGCUGAUGGAGCGGUUGUCCCAGGCCGGCACUGCGAGCACGGCGGCCCUUUGGCCGGACUCCGUCCAGCCGAGCAGCUUUACGCGCCUGGCGCGUUGGUUGGAGAUGGGGCCGGACCGUCUUGGCGAGUGGCGCGUCUCCGCCGGUCGUGCCGGCGCUGAGAUGGCGCUCCGGUUCGCGCUGCCCUGGCAUCUGGACCUGCAGCUGGACGCGCUGAUGGGCCAGAGGGCCGGCUUGGAGCAGUUGCUGCAGGAGCAAGCCGGCCGGAUUGCCUCCCGGGCUAGCUACAUUGCCGAGUUCGCCUUCCACGACGAGUUCCAUCCGGAGCGGACGGAAGACGGCAGGGUCGCGGAUGGCGACGACUAUGGCCUGCUUCUUCAUGAUCCGGAGGGGAGCUCGGAGGAGACGGGCAUAUACCGCGAUGGGGGCGCCGAAGAAGACACCGGGACCUCGCUGGACCCGGAGGCCGCCAAGGGAGGGUCGUCGACGCCGCGACGCGGCGGUGGAGAAGCCUGA